AUGGGCCACAGCAGUACUGCUGAGAGUGAAGAUGGCGUGCUCUCUGCUGAUUCACCUCUGAGUAACGAUGGCGAUAAUUUUUGUGGAAGCUCUAGUGGGGGCACUGUUAUGAAGAAAGGUCCGUGGACAUCGGCUGAGGAUGCAAUUUUGGUUGAGUACGUGAAAAGACAUGGAGAAGGCAACUGGAAUGCAGUUCAGAAGCAUACAGGGUUUGCACGGUGUGGUAAAAGCUGCCGGUUGAGGUGGGCUAAUCACUUGAGACCUAACCUGAAAAAAGGAGCAUUUACAUCAGAAGAAGAGCGGAUUAUAAUCGAGCUUCAUGCCAAAAUGGGGAACAAAUGGGCGCGAAUGGCAGCACACUUGCCAGGGAGGACAGACAAUGAGAUAAAGAACUAUUGGAAUACUCGAAUAAAAAGGCGUCAACGGGCCGGUUUAUCCCUUUAUCCUCCUGAUUUAUGCCUACAAUCGCUACCAGAGAAUCAGCAACAACAUAGUUCGCCCAGGAUAUAUGAUGGAGAUAAAGCAUGUGAUAUUUUGCAAAGUAAUGGUUACUGGGCACCUAAUAUCAUGUUUGAUAGUUUAAACAAUUUAAGAUAUGCACCAGCAAUUCCAGGUAUUCCUGGCAGCGUAUCAAUGGGUAACGGUUUUGCUUCUCCUCACUCUUAUGGUUUUAUCCCUCAAACAAUAGGAGUCUCUGGACAGGCUCGAGAACCAGAUGAGCCUAUGUCAGACUAUGGAAGUGGUGGUGUUAAUGAGGCACCUAUGUUUAGCAGGACUCAAACUGAUAGUUGUGUCAACAAAUCAUUUCAGUCCUUUGGUCUAUGCUACCCUUAUGACACUGACCACACCAAGAAACUGUUUUCGUCUGAUGUCAAUCCAGACACUCCUUUUAUGUCAGAUGUCACUUACUCUGCUUCAGAGCACUUUGCAAAUGCUCAGAAGUCGGAGCUCCCUUCACUCCAAUAUCAAGAGACUGGACUAGGUGUCUGGGAUCCUCCACCUGAAUCAUUCGAUUCUUUGGUCCAGUCUCCUCUACCAGGCCCACUCCCAUCGCAUUGUCCUUCGCCAGGGAGCAGUGGCCUUUUAGAAGAUUUAAUUUAUGAAGCUAUGGCUCUGGGAAGGUCGGAGAAUCAAUCUUCUGCCUUGGCCACUCCAUCUAACGUCAGCCAUGGAGAAGUAACAGAUGGUUCUGCCCUUAGAACAUGCUCCACAGAGUUCAAAGGCUGUAUUGAUCGCAAUUCUCCAUCAGGUAACUCAAUGGGGUCCCUUUUAAACAGGUACACUCCUACCACUGAAAGAUCAUUGGAAGACGAUGUGACUAUGCACCAUGUGAAAUCAGAAGUGUUUGAUCCAAGUUGGAUAGUGGGUGCUGAAAGCAAAGUGGACUAUAUGAGACCAGAUGCUAUACUAGGAUCAUGCUGGGUCGAGCAGAGUGGUCUGGCUUCGAAGCAAAGGGGCUCGACAACUGAUUCUACCGUGCCUCUUCUGGGCGACACAUCUGCUUCUGCUUCAACCUGGGGCUUUACUUCGUGCUCGUGGAAUAUCAUGCCAGCAGUCUGCCAAAUCUCAGACAUUCCAUGAACUGCCAAAACUCCUCAAUUUAUAACAUUGUUUGGUGUAUGAACCGAGGCGAUUAUGACAAUAACUCUCUUGUAUGUAAAAUUCCUUUGGUGAAACUAUCCUUCAUUUUGCCAAAGUCAUAAUGUAACCAUGUUCUGAUGCUGCCCUGCAACAUGUAUCACUGUCUUAAUUUUUGGACCAAGAUUUGGCUGUCA